GGUAUGCCAGCUCAAGGUGGUACCCUUUGGAAGAAUGAUCACAGCCCAUAACCUUUUCAGGUUUAGGUUAGGCCCUAAUCCUACUGCUUCUCUUGCUGCUGUUCUUGCUACAACUGCUACUUCUACUAUUGCUCAGGUCACUACCCUAGAUGUUGUUCCUAUGCCCCCUCCUGAGAAUAGGGAGGAAGACAGGGCUUUUUCUUCCAAAAUGAGGCUCUGGGGGGUCCCUUUUUACCCUAGAGCCUUUGAGCUCCAGGAAGAGAUUCUCUACUUCUAG